AUGAAGAUUCAGCUGAACUACACGACCAACAAAUCAAGAGUGAAGAACCGUUUUGCUUUAGGUGCACUGACUCUCUGCACUGAUAAACUGUUCCAUCUUUAUCAGGACCAACCUGUUGCACUGAAUGAGAUUGUUGAAGCUGAUGCAAAGCAAUACGAGGCCAAGAACAAGUCCUAUGAAUUAAAGGAAUGGUUAAGCCCGAGUGCCCCUGGACGAGCAGGCGACAUCAUAACAAUCACGUCCCCCUUGAAAUAUAAAGUCCCUGUGUCGAAAGACAAACAAAGUCCCACUAUCCAACAGAUUUUAGAACGUUCUUGA